AGUAAAAAAAAAAAAAUAAGAGAAGGUAUACCGACAGAUCCGAUCGACAUUCGUAGUUCGCGAAGUACGACGAAAGCGACGAGUGUGACGUAAAGAUUGUGCGUUCUUAUUAUUCGUCAGUAUUCACGUUCGUUCUCUAGAAAAGAAAAUGGCUGGUGCAGGAAAUGCUAGUGCCGGUUCUGUUUUCCAAAAACUCGGUUUGAGACCAGUUACGAAAUGUAGUCUUGUUAAAUACUACAUGCCGGCUUUCGGUGUUGCUUCAUAUACAGCUUUAUCCGUCAACGUGAUGAAUCCAAGUCUUGUCAUCAGAAUAUUUCCAAAGAAAGAUAUCACGAACUACUUACUCUUUAGUGCGCUGGCAGGAACUGGCUCGUAUUUUUAUACCAGGGAGCACAUGGAAAAAGCUCAAAUCAGUACGAGAUUGUUAUAUAGUGGUACUGGAGCAUUGUUGCUGAGUUUUGGUUCAGUUUUGAUGUGGGCUGUUCUACGAUCCAUUGUACCACCAAAUCCAACUCUGUGCACUUUAGUCGGUAUUGGUUCAGGAUUGCUAAUUAUCAAAGUUGGUUCUAGCUAUAUGGACUAUAUUGAUAAUCAGAUAGCUAAAAAGUAGAUGGCUAUUAUUGUUUUAUUUAAUUUCAUUUAUUUCGCACUAAAUUUAUUAUUAAAGAAAAGAAUGAUAUAAUCCAUAUACCAUUGGGUAACUAGAUAUCAUCAAGCUGAAUAAUAUUUGUGGUUUUCUAAAUUUUAUAUGGUUGUCUCUAUUUGUAGUAAAAUGGAUAUAUUAUUGAAAACUAUGUUGAGUAUUGUUAGACUUUGUGCCUAACAACUAUUUAUUUACUAUAUUUUUUUUUUAUUAAAAUAAUUAUCAAUAUAGUAUUCAUUGAAACGUAUAUCUUAUAUCCAACUACAGGAGAUUGCUGAAAUAUACUGAACUAGGUGAGAAGUAAUUGUAGAAUAGAAAAGAAUAAUGAUUAAUUUUUUGAACAGAUAUUUCAGUAUUUAACAGUUGUUUUGUAAAUUGUACUGAUUUUUUGUUUGCAUAAGAUAUACAAUGCAAAUGAGAUAUUCAUUAAUUGUUUUUAGAGAUUAUUUCUCACUGAAAUUAUAUAUAUAAAAAAUUGAAAAAAUAUACAAGCAAAUGAUAUUAUUUGAAUAUAACUUCAUUUUCAUGAAUGUUUUUGCAUUUUACUAAAUGGAUUGCACAGAUAGUGUUAAAAAAUGUGUAUAAGCAUUCUGAUAGCUGCAAUUUUUUCAAUACAAAUGCAGUUAUUGUUUUUUUUUAUGGCAUUUUCUAAUGCAAUCAAUUAAAAUAUAUAUAAAAUUAUUCACAUCACUUACCAAAUAAUUCAUGUUAUCAAUAGCAAUCUGUAAUAAAUAUUUCAUUAACUUAACAAUAAGAAAUUUGUAAUUACUUAAAUUAAGUUAAAGGAAUUCCAUAUAAAUGCUUGUAUUUAGAAUUUGUGAUACCAAAGAUUGUAUUUCAUGUAUUGAUUCAUAUUCGUUGUACAGUUCUGGUAUUGAUGCUAAAGAGCUGUAUAUCGUUCACCAAUACUCAUUACUAAUUUGUGUCCUCCUGUCAAAAAUUUGUACAUAUAAGUUGAGAAAAAAAUGAAUGCAAAUAUUACACGAACAAA